AAGCUGGGAAUCAAUUAACGGAAGCGCGCCUCAAACGCGUCUCCCUCCGUCCCGCCAUCGUGCAUCCUGCAACACCAUCACCACACCGUCACGAGCCACCAUGUCAGCAUACGGCGGAUACACAAAGACCGCGUACGGCGCGCAGGGCGGCGACGACUCGGGCGGCUUCUUCGCCGGCGGCGGCUCACAGCAGGGCAGCCAGGGCGGAGGCGGCGGCAAGUCCUACCAGGAUGAGUCUCUGCGGCCCGUCACCAUCAAGCAGAUCCUCGAUGCCGAGGAGCCCUUCUCGGGCGCCGACUUCAAGAUCGACGGCUCGCCCGUGACGCAAAUCACCUUUGUCGGGCAGGUCCGCAGCAUCAACCCGCAGCCCACCAACAUCACGUUCAAGAUCGACGACGGCACCGGCCAGAUCGAGGUGAAGAAGUGGAUCGACGCCGACAAGCAGGACGAGGCCGACCCGGGCUUCGAGCUCGACUCGCACGUCCGCGUCUGGGGCCGCCUCAAGUCCUUCUCCAACAAGCGCCACGUCGGCGCCCACGUCAUCCGCCCCGUCGCCGACUUCAACGAGGUCAACUACCACCUCCUCGAGGCCACCUACGUGCACCUCUUCUUCACACGCGGGCCCCCCGGCGGUCAGCAGCCGCAACAGCAGAAUGGCGACGGCAUGUUCGUCGACGGCGGUGCCGGCUACGGGAACAGUGCGGGUGCCGGCGCGGGUCAGGUCAACAACAAGCUCGCAGACUGCUCGCCUGCUGCCAGGAAAGUCUUCAACUACAUCAACGACACGCCUGGUGGCAACGAAGGCGCACACCUCAACGUCAUAUCCGGCGGUCUCGGCAUGUCGGUACGGGAUGUACUGAUGGGAGCCGAGGACUUGCUGCAGCGGGGGCUGAUUUACACAACGGUCGACGACGAGACGUGGGCCAUCUUGGACUACUAAAGUGUGUGCCGCAUUGUAUAGGCGCGGACGGCCUGCGAAAGGUUGCCGCCGGAGCCGCGGCAACACGGGAAGGCUGGCUCAAUGGUUAAUUUUAAAACGGCAUUUCGGGGUUUCGGUCAUGACGGAAUGUAUCAUUUCUCUUUGUCAGUCUGGUGCCAAAAUGCAAGUCGGUACGGAACAAAACAGGCAUAAACUCCUCCUUCACGCAUGACAUUCUGGCCCCGUCCCUCUCACAUAGUCUCUGCACGAGGUGUCAUAAGACCCGAGUACUUGUCCA